AUCGGCAGAUGCUAAGGUUGCGUCAAUUGAUGCGAAAAAGUGUUCAGCCCCUCAAGUGAAAAAUAUUUUUCCUGUUUCAAACUGAGAAAUUGAUCGGUGUUAAUAUGUCGAAACAUAAAGAUAAGGAUAAGGAGCGUAGCCGAGAUGAUAGAUAUUCACGAGAACGUGAAAGAUCUCGUGACCGAGAACGACGUAAAAAAUCCAGAAGUAGAAGUCGCGACCGUCAUAAGCGAUCAAAAGAUCGUCGUCGAAGUAAAGAGAAGUCAAGUCGUCGUGAACGAUCGAGAGAAAAGGACAGGGAAAGAUCCCGUCGAUCACGAUCUCGUCAUCGCAGAAGCGAAACACCACCAACAGUAUCAGCACCACAGAGAAUCGAGAUGUCAGUAGCACAACAAGCUCAAAUAACGCAAUUUCUUUCAGCAUCACUCUCCGGCAUUCAACCGCCAACAACAGUUCACUCAAUUCCAUCUGAACCAUUACGAACUGACUUCAGUAAUCUUUUUCAAUCAGUUUCAUCUUCUUCAGCAGUUGUAGCUGGACCAAAUGCAUCCGCACUUGCUAUUGCAGCUGCAAAAGCAAAAGAUUUGUUGAAAGCUAAAAAUCUUUCGGAUAAAAUUAAAAUUGCAAGUAAUGGAAAUAGCGUUGCAUCAAAUGGAAAUGAAUCGAGUCGAGAUGCUGAGGAAUUUCGCAUGGCAGCUGAGCAAGAUAACAGCGCAAGUGGAAAUUGUGGCGACGCCAGCAACAGUGAAAGUGACAGAAAACGAAAAAGAAAAUCUCGUUGGGCAUCGUCGAAUGAUGGUAAUGAGAAAACAUUCAUCCCUGGAAUGCCGACAAUUUUACCAUCGAAUCUUAAUCCCGAUCAGCAAGAGGCUUACUUAGUUCAACUGCAAAUCGAGGAAAUCAGUCGAAAAUUACGCACCGGUGAUCUCGGCAUUUCGCAAAACUUGGAAGAAAGAUCGCCAUCGCCUGAACCAAUCUACUCGUCUGACGGCAAGAGGUUGAACACUCGAGAAUUCAGAACAAGAAAAAAGUUGGAAGAACAGCGUCACAUGCUGAUCACAAGAAUGCAGUGUAUGAAUCCUGAUUUCAAGCCACCGGCUGAUUACAAGCCGCCAGUUUUGCGUGUCAGUGACAAAGUUUUGAUACCACAAGAAGAACAUCCGGACAUAAAUUUUGUUGGUCUGUUGAUUGGCCCGAGAGGCAACACUUUAAAAGCAAUGGAAAAGGAUACUGGAGCGAAGAUAAUAAUUCGUGGAAAAGGCUCAGUAAAAGAAGGAAAAGUUGGACGAAAAGAUGGCCAACCUUUGCCUGGUGAAGAUGAACCAUUGCACGCAUUUAUAACAGCAAGCAAUCCUGAAGCUGUUAAGAAAGCUGUUGAUAAAAUUAAAGAAGUCAUAAAGCAAGGAAUUGAGGUGCCUGAGGGUCACAACGACUUAAGACGAAUGCAACUACGUGAACUUGCACAAUUGAAUGGAACAUUACGAGAAACCGACAACGCUCGUUGUACAAAUUGUGGAAGCACCGAUCAUAAAAGUUGGCUAUGUCCAGAUAAACCAAAUGUCACCAAUUCAAUUGUUUGUUCAUCAUGCGGCGGUGCUGGCCAUAUUGCAAAAGAUUGCAAAUCAAAACGUCCCGGAAUGGGAGGCGUUGAAGGAUCGAAUAAUCAAGCAAAAAUUGAUGAAGAAUAUCUAAGCUUGAUGGCUGAGUUGGGAGAAGUUCAACCUCAAGAAGCUCCAGUUCAACCUCGAGAACCUGUUCAGCCUACACCAAGACCUUACUCGAUAUUUGAUAAUCCAAGACAACAAGCGCCGCGACAGAUUUGUGCACCGCCACCACCAAAUCAACCUCCAAUUGUACAAAAUUCGGGCCCACCACAAUGGCAUCCGAAUCAGCAUCCACCAGCUCCACCGAUGCCUUUACCACCAGUACAUCCAAUGGGGCAAUACCCUCCACCAAUGCCGAGUAUGUCAUGGAAUGCAAAUCCCCCAUUGCCGCCUGGUCCAAUUCAUCCUCCAGGCAUAAGCCCUUCAAUUCCACCUCCACCCGGAACGGACCUUGCGCCUCCAGGCACUUUUGGAAGUUUUGAUGAUGGGUUUGGGAAGAAACCACCAACCAAUUGGUCUGUUCCGCCUCCAAUGCCUGGAGGUAACUUCUGGAAUCAAGGAUCUUCUCAAGUUCAACCGCCUUUACCAAGUUUUUUAGUUCCUCCACCACCACCCCCUGCUGAUUAAACAAAAGAACUUUCAAAAUAUUAUUGUAAAAAAUAAUUCGAAAACUGUUUCUUAAACUUGAACUUUUUCAAAACAAUAAAGUUUAUUAAUUAUGGCGAGAAA